AUGGCUCGCACGUGGACCGCACAGCGCAAUGAGCAGCUGCUGCUGUUGCUCGUGGAUAAGGUGUCUUUCGGAAAGGACAUGCAGGAAGAGUUGGCGAAGCAGUGGACGGCACGGUACCGUAUGUCAUCCUACUACUCCCAUGUCCAUUCCAGCUCCUGCUAAUAGCUCUCUAGCGGGCGACGACUACCAGCCGACUGCACGCGCCCUCAAGGAGCAGAUAGCAGCACUCAAGAACAGGGCCGCAGUCUCCGAGUCCGACAAGUUGGCCGGUGGCACGACCAAGACGGAGGCAAAGGGCGUCAAAGCAGCUCGCCAGACUUCUUCAAAGCGCUCUGCCCCGAAGACUCCAACCAGUAGCGCCAAGAAGGCGCGCGCCCGCGGCCGCAUGAGCGAUGAAGACAUCGAUUCGGACGACAGCGAGAACGUCAAUCUCUCUUCCAUCACCAAGCGUCAGACCUUCAGUCGACGUUCUACCGCCUUGAAGAAGACUUAUGCGGAGGAAGCUACUUCUGAUGAGGACGAUGAGCUGGUCACGUCUGGGGUUAAGCGCAAACUUUUCACCGACAAGAUUGAUGAGGGUAUCGCCAAGUCGCCUUCCGCGAUUCUCACUGAGCACGGCGGCCGUUCCAGCAAGGCUCGCUCGAAGAAGGAUCCUCCCAAAAUCGAUUACUUCGCGGACGACGCUCAUGACAGCGAGGAGGAAUUGCUUUGA